CUGUCAUCUCAUCUGCUGCAAAAAAGUGAAGCUGCCGAGAGACUGCAACCAUGGCUGCUACUGGAACGUUCCGUAUGGUCUCAGAGGAGGAGCAGGCCAUGCGCUCCAAACUGGAGCAUUUGACAGUGAAGGACCACGGGCCAGUGUUUGGACCAUGCCACAAACUGCCCUGCCAUACUGUGCAAAAGGCUAAGGAUGAACUGAACGAGACUGAGGAGAGUCGGGCGUCGUCACUGAAGGACCUGCGGACCAUGAUGAAGGAGAAGGCAGCGGAGGGAGACGACCUGGACAAACUGACGCUGGAACGUUUCAGGGACAAACCUGACGCUUUACUGUUGAGAUUCCUCAGGGCCAGAAAGUUUGACGUCACCAGAGCGCAUGAGCUCAUGAGAGGUUACGUGCGAUUCAGGAAGGAUUAUCCUGAGCUGUUUGAGAACAUGACACCCGCGGCGGUCCGCAGCACCAUCGAGGCGGGAUACCCUGUGGUUCUGCCCAGUAGAGACAAGUACGGACGUGCGGUCCUGCUCUUCAACAUCGAGAACUGGGAUCUGGAGGAGAUUACAUUUGAUGAGAUUCUGAGAGCAUACUGCGUGAUCUUGGAGAAGUUACUGGAGAAUGAGGAGACCCAGAUCAAUGGAUUUGUCCUGAUUGAGAAUUUCAAAGGCUUCACCAUGCAGCACGCCUCGGGAAUUAAACCUGCUGAGCUGAAGAAAAUGGUGGACAUGCUGCAGGACUCCUUCCCAGCCCGCUUCAAAGCAGUCCAUGUUACCCAUCAGCCCUGGUACUUCACCACUACAUACAACGUGGUUAAACCCUUUAUGAAGAGCAAACUCCUGGAGAGGGUCUUUGUUCACGGCGAUGAGCUGGACGGCUACAUUAAAGAGUUUGACGCAGACAUCCUUCCAGCGGAUUUUGAUGGAAAAGCCUCCGUGUCUGACUGCAAGGCCAUCGCCGCCAAGCUUUUCGGCUCUGAGGACACCGCCCUCUGAAGGAACAGAGCCACGGGUUUUAUCUUCCACAUUACUUUUUUGUGUCCAGAUUUUGAAAUAGGAUAGAGUUAGGAUUUGGGGAAAAUAUAUUGUUGGAGUCAGUGAUACGACGAUGCCUUUAUAAAGCACACUAGGUUAGACUGACUUUGGAUCCCAUCACUAAUAAAGUAAACAAAAGUUGCAAUGCAACAUCAACAAGUUCCUCACAGACACCACUGUCAGAAUUUGAAAAUGUAACGGCAAAUUAAGAGCUGUGUGAGACGAGUCCAGACACUUGACCACAGCAAACAUUUCUGCUUUGGUCAGUAAACGCAUCUUUCAUUUGUCUGAUAAUCCACCGUGGUGUUUCCGUAGCUGUGCUGUGCGUUGGAUCAUGGACUUUUCAAUAAAAACUUUAUCUGUGUUUCUGUUGUUGAGUCGAGUGGUUACUAACCUGUAACCGACUC